UGGAUGCUGAUAUUUCCAAACCAACCAGCACAGCUGAGGGGACGAAUGAAUAUGUCAACAUGAGAUCCAGCAGAAACCCAGAAAAGCCUAUCACAUACAGGACGUCCGUAUUUCCAGUACAGAAAAGUGUCUGGCUCCGAUGGGUCACUGUGGUUUUGGGUGUGAUAUGUGUUUUACUGGCACUCCUGACCACCGGCCUGAGUGUCAAAUACACCACAGAAAGAGACCAGUUAAAGACUGAACGAGACCAGUUGAAGACUGAAAGAGACCAGUUAAAGACUGAAAGAGACCAGUUGAAGACUGAGAGAGACCAGCUACAGGCUGUUAUAGACCAGACCAAGAACUCAGAUCGGAAGGUAUCAUGCCCCAGCGGAUGGAAUGUCUACAGCAAGUGUUAUCUCCUCUCGUCUAUUCCAAAACCCUGGUCUGAGGCUAGACAAGUCUGCCAAGCCAUGGGAGCAGAUCUGGUGACCAUCGAGAGUAAAGAGGAACAAGAUUACAUUGUUGGACUGGGGAAAUGGGUUUGGAUUGGACUGCAAAGAAGUGGGAUGAGCUGGACCUGGGUGAAUGGCAGACAACUCUCCACAGGGCCCACGUUCUGGGAACCUGGACAGCCCAACAGUGACACAGAGAAUUGUGCUAUGACCAGCCACACCUGGCAAGACUACCCAUGCUCCACUAGAUAG